UGUUAUGUCGGUAAAGGGCAAUCUUAUCGGGGAUACGUAACAGUAACCAGAACUGGAGCUACAUGCCUAAAUUGGAAUGGCCCUACACCAUACUCUUCAUAUGAUAGCACUGAGGAAGUAUCGCUAAAUCGUUGUCGCAAUCCUGAUGGUGCUAGAGAUAGACCUUGGUGCUAUACCAAAUACCAUGCUAACAAUGUGACUUGCGGUUUCGAUUAUUGUGAUAUCCCGCAAUGC